AUGUUUGGUCCAUUCUCUUUUAUCAAUGUGGGUCGCGGAAAAGAAGAGUUUUGUGAUGGAAAUAGUCCCAAGAACAUGGUUGAAGUUGCUGUGAUUUCUCAAAUCAUAUCCAAUCUUUUCAAAGUUUCAAGUGAAAGAAUGAUGAACAUAAGUGUUGGAGUGAUUUCACCAUACAAAGGACAAGUAAACGCAAUCCAAGAAAGUGUCGGAGAUAAGUACGGUUCCUUAUCAGGUCAGCUUUUCACUUUGAAUGUUCGAUCUGUAGAUGGAUUCCAAGGAGGAGAAGAAGAUGUUAUCAUCAUAUCUACCGUUAGAAGUAACGGUAAAGGAAAUAUUGGGUUUCUAAGUAACCGUCAAAGAGCAAAUGUGGCACUGACUCGAGCAAAGCAUUGUUUAUGGGUGAUUGGGAGCGAGACGACUUUGGCUCGAAGUGGUUCGGUUUGGACAAAACUGAUAAGUGAGUCGAGGAGACGUGGCUGCUUCUUUGAUGUUAAAGAUGACCAGAGAUUGAGAGAUGCUAUGAAUGAUGCUUUGCUUGAAGAUGUAUCUUCGAGUUUUGAUUCUCUUUCGAUCAGAAAUGGGAGAAGAAUUGGUUGGUAA